AUGCCCUCCACAGAAUCCAACUCUGACUAUAUCACAGUUUCAGUUGGAGCGCACUCACCAGCCAGUAUUAACCCUUAUUCAACGGUUUACAUAUCUCCUUCUCUCAACCACUAUGGCACAUGGUCGGCCGGCGGAAAUUAUACUCAGCUGGACUCCGUAGAGCCUGGCACAGUCGAUGAAACUACUGGGCUAUACACUCGUCCGAGAGGCGUUAUGACCACCCCACAGAAGGUAAUUAUAGGAUGUUGUGUUGUCUUCGGUUUGGUUGCUUUGCUAGUGGUUGGUGGCCUAGGAAUCAGCCACGCCAUAUCAAAUGCGAGUUAA